AUGUCCAGAGGACUUUUUGAAAAGCAGCAUGAAUCAGAAAUGGAUCAAGGAACAAUUAACAAAACGAAGGAUUGCUUUCCAUGUAUCGUCGACUCUGAUAAGGAAGAAUUCUUUGAGCAUGAGCUACAAUGGGUGUCUGAAUUUUUAAAUAAAAUUCUUGAGGAUCCGUCUGAUGAUGAUGAUGAUUUAGAUGAACAGGUUUCAUUACCACGAGAGCAAGAUGAGGAUGCUGAUGAUGAAUACUCCUCUGAAAAAUCUAGUGAUUAUGAAUGGUCUUCUGAAUCAGAGAAGGAAGAUUUGACAAUAAAAAAAUUGCAUGUUCCCUGUGAAAAGGAUGAUGAACUGGUGGGUCAGGAGAUUGUGUGUAAGGAAAGUGAACUUUUAGGACAACAGCUCACCUUUGUGGAUGUGCAAGAAUGCAAUGGAAAUUGGGAAGAAGUUAUGAGGAGAGACCUUGAGGUUUUUAGGAACUUUUUUGAUAAGUACAAGAGAGACAAUAAGGACAUUUUGGAAAAACAAGCGAAGGAACGAAUGAACUCCAUGAAGAGUAUAUUUGUGUGGGGUGAAAUAUAG